CAGGUUCAGUUCUGAGCCUGUGUAUUUAAAUAGGGAAUGAUCUGAGGCUUGGCAUGGUAUCCAAGGUGUUACCAUUUCAAGAAAUAUUUUUGUAACCAAUUCUAUGCUAAGGACCGUCUUCAGUAGAGGCUUCUAUAAGGGUGAUACAUUUCUAAUAUUAGAAUGGCUGUCAGAAUAAGACGACAGUUAAAGAGACUAUUUUCCCACUGGAAACUUUGGAAGUUUAGCAUUUUUAUUUUUGUUUUUCUAAUAUGUUUAUUCUUAUUGCAAAGAGAAGUAGGUGUUCAAGACACUGAAAAUGAACCAGGGAUGAAGCCCAUUGUGGGAAAGAAAAGUAAUGUGCUGGACCUUGUCUUAAAUGCUGUGAACAAUAUUAAAGCUGCAAACCCAAAAAUGCAGAUAAAGGCACCUGUUAGGCAAACCAAGAUUCCUGGAGAGAGACAUUGUUUACCAGGCUAUUAUACAGCAGCGGAACUGAAACCUUUCCUAGAUCGACCUCCUCAGGACCCUCAUGCUCCUGGAGCUUCUGGUAAAGCAUUUAAAACUACCAAUUUAAGUCUAGAAGAACAAAAAGAGAAAGAGCGUGGAGAAGAAAAACACUGCUUUAAUGCAUUCGCAAGCGACAGGAUUUCUUUGCAUCGGGACCUUGGCCCAGACACUCGACCUCCUGAAUGCAUUGAGCAAAAGUUUAAGCGUUGCCCACCACUGCCUACCACAAGUAUUAUCAUAGUUUUUCACAAUGAAGCAUGGUCUACUCUGCUAAGAACAGUUCACAGCGUGAUGUAUACUUCUCCUGCCAUACUGCUAAAAGAAAUUAUUUUGGUGGAUGAUGCCAGUGUAGAUGAAUACUUGCAUGAUAAGCUAGACGAAUAUGUGAAACCAUUUCAAAUAGUUAAAGUAGUCAGACAAAAGGAAAGAAAAGGACUAAUCACUGCAAGAUUACUAGGAGCCUCAGUAGCAACAGGAGAGACUCUCACUUUUUUGGAUGCACACUGUGAAUGCUUUUAUGGCUGGUUAGAGCCAUUGUUGUCAAGAAUAGCUGAGAAUUACACUGCUGUUGUAAGUCCUGAUAUUGCAUCCAUAGAUCUCAAUACUUUUGAGUUCAGCAAACCUUCUCCUUAUGGACAUAACCAUAACAGAGGAAAUUUUGACUGGAAUUUGUCAUUUGGAUGGGAAUCUCUUCCUAAACAUGAGAAAAAAAGAAGAAAGGAUGAAACUUAUCCAAUUAGAACACCUACUUUUGCUGGAGGUCUUUUUUCAAUAUCAAAAGGCUAUUUUGAAUACAUUGGAAGCUAUGAUGAAGAAAUGGAAAUAUGGGGAGGUGAAAAUAUAGAAAUGUCUUUCAGAGUAUGGCAAUGUGGUGGGCAGUUGGAGAUCAUGCCUUGCUCUGUUGUUGGCCAUGUCUUUCGCAGCAAGAGUCCGCACACUUUUCCUAAAGGUACCCAAGUGAUCAUACGUAAUCAGGUCCGCCUUGCAGAAGUCUGGAUGGAUGAUUACAAAGAAAUAUUUUACCGAAGAAACACUGAAGCAGCAAAAAUUGUGAAACAAAAAAUAUUUGGAGACAUUUCAAAAAGACUUGAUUUAAGGCAACGCUUGCAUUGUAAAAAUUUUACUUGGUAUCUAAAUAACAUUUAUCCUGAAGCAUAUGUGCCAGACCUGAAUCCUCCAUUAUCUGGCUUUUUAAAAAAUAUAGGUAGACGUACAUGUCUGGAUGUUGGUGAAAAUAACCAUGGUGGCAAGCCAUUAAUUAUGUAUGCUUGUCAUGGACUUGGUGGAAAUCAGGAAAAUUCCUCUGGUAUAAUCAAUGCUUCUACUGCAAAUUCAGCAGUGAGGAGGAUGGACGAAGCUGGCCAACUGGGAUACAGAUGUGUGGAGUAUUUUGAAUACUCUGCACAUCAUGAAAUUCGACAUAACAUUCAGAAGGAGCUCUGCCUGCAUGCUUCUCAAGGCGCAGUACAGCUUCAGGACUGUAGCUACAAAGGCCAAAAAACAUUCACCCCGGGAGAAGAGAAAUGGGAGCUUCAACAGGAUCAACUGUUAUAUAAUGCAGCAUUAAAUAUGUGCCUUACAGGAAAUGGAGAACAUCCAAGCUUGGUAUCAUGUAAUCCAUCAGAUUUGUUCCAAAAAUGGAUUUUUGGCCAAAACAUUUGAAUACUUCAUGCAGCAAGAAAUAUUUUUUUAAAGACUUUAAAACUGUGACCAUAUAUUAUACACUACAAUUUGUUAAAAAUAAUGCAAAGCCAGCUGAUGUAAAAGAUAUCAAAACACUUUUUAUUUAAAAGAAAAACAUAAAACUUCAAAGAUCCCUUUAAAGUUGUAUUUAGAUUAUAAUAAAAACACCAAAGAAUUUUGUGAUGUCUCAGCAGUUGGGGAAAAAAUGUUUACAAUUUGUUGGAAAUAAUUUCCUUCAUAUGAUUUUGUUAAUGUUAACUAACUACUGAUUUACAGAUGUUGUAGACUCAUCUCGUUUGGAGAGAGUGUAGGGUUUUUUUGUUUUGUUCUGUUUUUUUAAUUUAUGCAUUCCCAUUUUGUAAUUACUUCAGAAAAACUGAUCCAUAAGAUUAGGGGGAAGUUAUCUUGCACAGUCUUAAAACUGAGGUGCCUUAUAAAUGGUGGUUAUGGGUUUUUUUUACUACUUGCUUGACUUAAUUCUCUGCUGAAAUUCACUUUCCCUGUAAAUGAAUCUGAAGAAAGAAAAACUAAAAAUAUCCUUAACACAUCUUCCUUUAAUUUCUCAUAUACUUCAAUGAAAUAGAAAUAUUUGGAUUCUAAAAGUAAAGCCAAAUAGCCAUCAGAGCCUACCCAAUUUCUAGUAAAUCAGUUUUCCUAGAUGUGUCCCUUACUUUAAGAUUCAGCAGUUUUUAUUGAAACAAUAUUCAGUUUAUGUAUGGUUACUUAAAUGGAAAAUCUGGUUGUCCUUUGGGGCAAAUCCAGAAAUGGUGCAACUACACUCCCCUUUGGCUGUGCCCUAUAUGCACAGUGAGCUCCGAAAGCUCACCAGCACUUUAUCACAGCUCCUGCAAGAAGCUCUGCAUAGGUUGUGAGCUGGUUGGUAUGGAUUCUGCCCAGAGUCUAUGCUUUCAAGCAGCUCUGGAGACUCCUGCUCUUCGUUCUCCCCUUUCCUCUCCUUCACCUGCUGAAUUCAGCAGCAGGAGAACUGAGGGGAAGUGAGGCCAGGGACAUGCAGUCUCCACUUUAAUUAGUCUCCAGAGCCUCCCAGCUGCCUCUGCUCACUGCUCAUUCUCUCUUCUCCCUGCUGCUGAAUUCAGCAUGAGGGGGGAAGGAAAGAGUGAAGAGCUGAUUGAAAGCAGGGACUCCAGGCAGAGCUCCAGCGGGAGCUGCUGAGAACUCAUUGGUAUCCAGAAUCGCAGCAAGGGGCUCCAACUACAUCCCCUUCCGCUGUAUGGCACACGUGCAAUGAGCUUUCUUCACUACACUUGUGACCUGCUCUUGAAUGAGGUAUGGACACAAUGCCAUUGCUGCAAUCCACCCAUAGUUGUCCUGAUGAUAACAAAAUCACAAAAGAGCAAUAGUAGGUUAAUUUUUUACUCUUUCAUUGUGUGUCCAACACAUUACUGUUUUUUCCAGCAUUACAUUUUGUCAUUUGCAAAAUAUGAAAUGAUCUGUUACCAUUUUUGUUCAUUACCUCUCUUCAUUUUUGUAGCAUCAACAAAGGUUAAUUAUUUGUUUGCCUUUUCAAGUGAUUUGUAUAGUACAUUGUGCAUAUAUGUAAUUCCUUUUAUGUUUCUCUUUCAAAUGUUUGACUUAGCUUUUAAUCGUUCAGGAGAAGUUUGUUCUUCAACUGUAAUAUAGAACCUUAUAAUGAAAUGAUAUAAGUUAACUGAAAAAUAAAUUAAUUCAUAA